CCCGAUUGAACAGAGGAGAGAGAUGUAAUUGUUGUUCUUCAUCUUCUUCAAUGGGAUUUCUUCGAACCCAUUUUCUCUCUCCUCCAUUUUUGUUUCUCUCUCUGCUUUUGAUCGUCUUCUUUAACGGCGUUUAUGGAGCUGGAAUUACAUUAAUAAAUAGAUGCGAUUACACAGUUUGGCCGGGAAUUCUCGGAAACACCCAAUUGGAAUCCACUGGCUUCGAGCUCUCCCCUGGGGCGGCGCGUGCAUUCCAACCGCCGCCGGGUUGGUCCGGCAGAUUCUGGGGCCGGACAGGCUGUUCGUUCGACUCCGCCACCGGUCAAGGCAGCUGCCAGACAGCCGACUGUGGGUCAAACCAAAUGGAAUGCAAUGGCAACGGAGCCACCCCACCCGCGACUCUAGCUGAGUUCACGAUUGGUUCCGGUGGUGGCGCGAUGGACUUUUACGAUGUCAGUUUGGUCGACGGCUACAACAUUCCGAUGAUGGUCGACUCCACUGGCGGGAGCGGCACUUGUCAGUCGACUGGAUGUGCGGCGGACCUGAACCGACGGUGCCCUGCGGAACUACGUGGUGGCGAGGGGAAAGCGUGUAGAAGCGCAUGUGAGGCGUUUGGGAAUCCGGAGUACUGUUGUAGUGGCGCGUAUAACUCACCCGCCGCCUGUAAACCGUCGUUGUACUCGGAAAUGUUUAAAUCGGCUUGCCCCAAAUCGUAUAGCUACGCCUUUGAUGACGCGUCAAGCACUUUUACUUGCAGUGGUGCAGAUUACACCAUCACAUUCUGCCCUUCAUCAGCAAGCCAAAAAUCAGAAAAAGACCCGUCGAACCGAGGCGAUGGGCCGUCGGUGACGUUCAACAGUUCAUGGCUGCCGGACUUCAUCACCGGAGACGGAUCAUCCAAAACAAUGGCUUUGUCUUCAGCUUUGAAUUGGUCACUGUUUCUUUUUAUUUUUUUUAUUUUCUUCUUCCAUUAGAUUUAAUGUCCAUAUGUUCUUCUGGUUUUUAGGCAGAAUGUUUCUACAUUAACAAUUUCUUGAUUUUUGUAA